AUGAACCCAGUGGGCCAGAAAGAAGAGGCAGUAUAUAAACACCACCUAGUGGAGUCAGGUGGAGUCAACUCACCUGCUCAAAGCACAGUACUCGAGUCUGAAAUGUCAGGAUUUACUGGACCAACACUGCUGCCUGUGCCAGAGAAGGAGAUAAAAGAAGAAGAGUUUGAUGAUUUCCUUCAAGAGUAUCUGUCUACAGUUCAGAAGGACAACCCUGGACCAGAUCAUGUGUGCAAGACUGAAACAAACAUGUCAGACAUCAUGGACAUUAAAGAGGAGGAAGAGGCUGAUGUAAGAGAGCAUGGUCAGAAAGACUCUUCUCCUACUGCAAAUCAUCAAGAAAUCAACACAGAUAAGAUGAGAUGUGCUGGGGAGAUGGAACAUCAUCGUAAUAAACAUGAAAAGAGCUUUCAUAAGAGGAAUCACCUGAAGUCACACCAGACCAUCCACACAGGAGAAAAGCCGUAUCAGUGCAGUGUAUGUGGGAAGAGUUUCAGUGACAGUUUGGGUCUCUCCAUGCAUCAGUUGGCACAUAAUGGAGAAAAGCUCUACCCAUGUCCUCAGUGUGGAAAGACUUUCAAUAGGAUGGAUCAUCUUAAGACUCACCAGAGGACCCAUACUGGAGAAAAGCCAUAUCAGUGCACCGACUGUGGAAUAUCUUUUAGUCAGACACGUAGCCUCAGGGCACACCAGAGGAUCCAUACUGGGGAAAAGCCAUAUCCGUGCACUACAUGUGGGAAGAGAUUCAGGGAGAACAGUACUCUUAUUGGGCACCAGCGUAUACAUACAGGAGAAAAGCCAUAUCAGUGCACUGAUUGUGGAAAGAGUUUCAAGACUAGGAAAGGUGUCACCAACCAUCAGCUCACACAUACAGGGAAAAAGCCAUAUCAGUGCACUACAUGUGGGAAGAGUUUCAGGACAAAGGAGAAGGAAACCAUCCAUCAGCGCACACAUACAGGAGAAAAGCCAUAUCUGUGCACUGACUGUGGGAAGACUUUUAGUCAACAAUCUAACCUCAAGACACACCAGCGGAUCCAUACUGGGGAAAAAACAUAUCAUUGCAGUAUAUGUGGGAAGAGAUUCAGAGAGAACAGUGGACUGUUUGGGCAUCAGCGCACACAUACAUGCGAGAAACCAUACCAGUGCACUGACUGCAGAAAGACAUUCAAGAAUCAAUCAGAUUUCACCAGACAUCAGCUCACACAUACACGAGAAAAGCCACAUCAGUGUACUAACUGUGGGAAGGCUUUUAGUAACAAAUCUAACCUCGAGAGACACCAGAGGAUCCAUACUGGGGAAAAGCCAUAUCACUGCAGUACAUGUGGGAAGACCUUCAGGCAGAACAGUGUUCUUAUUGAGCACCAAAGGAUUCAUACUGGGGAAAAACCAUACCAGUGUACUACAUGUGGGAAGAGCUUCAGGGCGAGCAGUAAUCUUAUUAAACAUCAGCGCACACAUACAGGAUAG